AUGGGCUUCUCACAUGAAGACAAAAUGAGAGUUUUAAGUGACCCGGUUCGACAAGCGUCCCGAACAAAUUCAGAUGAUGACAACAGUCCAAUCCUUUGUCCAAUUUCGUUACACGAAAACCGCAGAUCUUCCAAGAAACGAGUGCGAUGGGAUAGGGUGCACAAACGGGAAUUCUCAUUAAUAGUCGGGGAUCACCCUCUCUGUCAUGAUGGUUUACCCGUCUCAUUUGGGUGGCAAUAUAGCGACUGCCGUCCAGAUUCUUUGGUAAAUGCUAGCGAGCGCAUACAGUCUUAUGUUUUUCCUCGGCGAAUGAGCUACGACGAACGCCGCCAGCUACUCUUUUCCGGAGGCCUAAGUGCAGAUCAAGUCAAAAGCGAUGAAAUUGAUCUCAUCGUCAGAACGUUGAGUGAAGUAUGGGACACUAGUGGGAUGGCAAACAUGGAUGGUGCAGAUCCUCUUGCAGAGAUUGAAUUCUUUGGUGAUGACGAUAUGCCGAUCAAUAUGGAUAUCGAUCUCGGAGAUAUUUCCAAUUUUGAAUGGAGCGAUUGA